AUGAGCAAUAAUCAGCGAUGGAGGAUCACAUUUUGCAACAGGCAAUUGGAUGCACUGUUGGGGAAAUACGUGGCCAGUGGACAAGUGGAACUGUCAAAUAGAGAAUUGAAAGGAAUCUUGGAAAAGACAGUCAAUGCAUUGCGGAAGGAUUGGUCACGGAAGUUGGAUGAUGCAUUGUGGGCUUACUGCACUGCAUUUAAGACUCCGAUUGGUAUGUCUCCAUUUAGGAUGGUCAAUGCGAAGGCAUGUCACCUGCUAGUAGAGCUCGAGCAUAAGGCAUACUGGGUAGUCAAACAGUUAAACAUGGACUUAAGAGCUGCUGGGGAGGAACGGAUGUUGACUUUGAACCAACUUGAUGAGUUUCGUCAUGAAGUUAUGAGAAUGCUAGGAUUUACAAAGGUUUACCCAUACGGAUCGGUAGAGGUGUCCCAUGAAGAGAAGGGCACAUUUAAGGUCAACGGACAGAGAUUGAAGCCGUACAUUGAUGGCGUGAUCAGUUGCAAGUCAGUUGCUAUCCGCCUUGACAUCCCGACAUAA